AUGCGUGUUGUAAAUCAAGGGGAUCCUGGAAGGAUACCACGUGAUAGCGAUCUCGACGAGUAUUUGGCUCAUGCGGAACCUGCAAAACUGGUUAUUAUAAAUGGAACUAAAAUCGUUCAGAGAUGGUGCCCAUACUGUCGCAUUUAUAAACCACCGAGGUCGAGGCAUUGCUACGAAUGCAAUGCAUGCAUUCGAGACUAUGACCAUCAUUGCCCGUGGCUCUCCAACUGCAUAGGGAAUGAUAACUACAAACUCUUUGUAUUCUUAUUCGCAUACGGCUUGGCAAUGCUCUGCUAUAGUUUAGACACAAUCCUUGUCAUAAUAACGGAUUUGUAUCCGCAAAUCAUUGACAUUUUUGAUGCAAAAUUCUACCACUUUCUCAUUUACAAGAAAACAACACUGUUUAGUAUAUUUCUCCUAUAUGGCAUAGUCUCCACAAUUUGCGCAUUGUACUUUUUGAUGAGAAUUUAUCUCAUAGUUUCAAACGUCACUGGUCACGAGUUUCUAACAUGCGCAUACCCAAAUUACAAUCCAUUUAAUAAAGGAAUAUACAAGAACGUUUCGGAAUUUCUACAAAAACCGCUCUUCCCAUCUAGACUGUGCUAA